AUGUCUCUCAAUCCAGAAGUCCUCCGGAGUGCUGCCGAGCGUCAACUGAGGGCCUGGCCCUUCCUAGCACAGGGGCAUCUAGUAUGCCUAAAUCUACUCGGCAAAAACGUUGAAUUCACGCUGGAUGGGUCUGGACAUAAUGAGACCUUAUUCGAUGGCUUUGCUCUACCCCAAAGUCACAGUGUCACCCCGUCACCACCUACCAGAAGUUGCCUCUACUACAACUGCCCCGACGACCUUCGAUUCGCCGACUCCCUCGAGCUCAGUGCUUUCGAGCUGCUAACUUUUCGUCCAGACCGUCGCAGCUUCCAUAACCUGUUGGGAAACCUCGGCCCAAAGGCGGUAACUCUCCUCGACGUUUCCCACACCCCUGCCAACGCCGAGGUCUGUGAGGGCUUAUGGGAAGCCUGUCAACGAUUGCGGAUUUCCCUGCUAGUGGUGGCUAGAGGCAACCUCGCAACUGUGGCAGGCGCUUGGUUGUCCAAAUUCGACAAGGCCGAUCGGAUCGACUGUUCCCCAGCCUCAGAGGAGUCUACUGUCAGCACUAGCGCGUCGGCUUCUGUGCCCUGCUACGGUUUGGAAGAGGAACGCCAGCUCCUCAAGGAGGCCGUGGUCUUACCCUUCCUCUACCCUAAUCUUUAUAGGCGCAUGGGCUUACGCCCCAGUGCGAGAGUGUUGGUCCAUGGUGUCAGUGGCAGUGGUAAGAGUACCCUAAUAGACUCUGUUCUGGCUGACUUCAUGCCCUCGAGGGUAUCUAUCGUGCGGGUGGACGUGUCUGGCAUCUUUGGGAAGUACCUCGGCUCGACUGAGCGUAACUUGCAACGGCAGUUCGAUGCGGCCAGGCUCAAGCUUCCCGCUGUACUCAUCUUGGACGGCCUAGAGUCAAUCGCGACGGCACGGGAGGAUGCGGCCGAUGAUGAUGGUACAUCCGGAACGUAUCGGCGUACACUGACUACCCUCCUCACUUGUCUCGAUGGAGUAGAUGCCGAUGUGGAGGAGUCGUUGGCGGUGGUUGCUACCUCGACUAUCUCACCGGAGAGGCUGGACCCAGCAGUCGUCCGUCCAGGCCGCUUCGACAAGUGGAUUGAAGUCCAUCGAGUGAGCCUCAGCGAUGUGGUCACCGAUGAGGACUUGCCCCAAAAUGAAACGUUUCUUGCCUGA